AUGGUCGAAAUUGGUGGUGUACAAAUAAAGGCGAUCAUUGAUUCCGGUUCCAGCUGCAACAUUGUGGAUAGGAAAACGUGGGAGUUCUUGAAACGAAAUGACAUAAAAUGCAGGGACGAGCCAAGGAAAACAGAACUGUAUGCCUAUGGAUCUAAGGAACCACUGAAGACUGCUGGUGUAUUUUGGUCAACGAUUGUUUACAAGGGUGUAGCGGUAGAUGACGCAGAAUUUGUUGUCAUUGAGGGAUCUGGACAGUCCUUAUUAAGCUGUGAUACAGCUAUGCGACUUGGCGUACUUAAAAUAGUGCGUCAAAUGGAAACCCCGGGAAUAUCGGAUGUUGUUAAUAAUUACAACGAAUUAUUUACGGGACUUGGAAAACUGAAAGGUUAUCAACUUGAAGUGCCCAUUGACCAGGCUGUAACACCUGUAGUGCAACCGACCAGACGCGUGCCAUAUCAGUUACGAGAGAAGUUGGAAGCUAAAAUCAAAGAAUUACUCGACUCAGAUGUCAUUGAACCCGUAAGUGGACCGUCGAAGUGGGUGUCCCCUGUCGUCAUAAUACCAAAGAAUGAUGGCGACAUUCGACUUUGCGUUGACAUGAGGCAGGCAAACAGAGCCGUACAAAGGACUAGGACACGCCUACGGCAUGAAUGCCUCUUUGAUAGCAUGUUCAGAGACAGAGUGUUUUGUAUGCUGGACGAGUACGGAUGUAAAUAA